AACUAAACUUGUUAUGAUUUUUCUAGAACAAAAUAACUGAACCUCAAAUCAAGGAAAUAUAAAUUCAACUUUUCGGAUUUACUCCAGAUUUCAGUGACUUGCAGUUUAUAAAUAAAUUUAAACUUUACAUAUUUUUAUUUAGUAAGCUUUCGUUAAUUUAAAAAAUCAAUUUGUAAAUAAGGAAUAGAUAUUUAAAAUGGCGAGCGAAGCAGAAGCUAUAAACAAUCAAAUGCCAACUCCGAAAAUAAAUCAUGACUGGUAUCAAACAGAAGCUUUCGUUAUUGUGACAGUGCUGGCUAAGAAUACGAGUAACGUUAAAGUUCAAUAUAGCGAAAGAACUUUAAGUGUGAGCGCUAAAUUACCUUCUGGGAAUGAGUAUAGUUUGGAAUUAGAUUUGGCCCAUGAGAUAGUUCCAGAUCAGUGUUCAUAUAAAGUUAUACCGUCUAAAAUAGAAAUAAAAUUAAAGAAACGUGAAGGCCUUAGAUGGAAUUUAUUAGAAGGCAAUCCAGCAGUUAAAGAAGAUAUUAAACCUAUACCUCAAGAAAUACUUGUCUCAAACCAGCCACCAAAAUAUCCAAGCUCAAGUAAAAAAUCAAAAGAUUGGGAUAAAGUUGAAAAAGAAAUAGAAAAACAGGAGGCUGAAGAAAAACCUGAAGGCGAUGCCGCGCUUAAUUCUCUAUUCCAACAAAUUUAUGGCACUGGAUCCGAUGAAGUUCGCAAGGCCAUGAAUAAAUCAUUCAUCGAAUCUGGCGGUACUGUUUUGAGCACGAAUUGGUCCGAGGUCGGAAAAGGCACCGUCGAAAAACGUCCACCUGACGGCCUUGAAUGGAAAUCAUGGGAAUGAACUUAAUUUGUUUAUUAAUUAAAUACUCUAUCUAUACAAACAUUAAUAUCAAAAUUAAUCAGUAAUUAAUUUUAAAAUCAUUGAUUUAUGUUUUACCAACUAACUAAAUUUACAUGUCCAUUAUUAUUUUGUAACAUAUAUUUAAUUUUUUAUUUUAAUCACUUUUUAAAUGGAAAAUAGUUUGAGUUG